AAAUACUGAAAUAAAAAACUUGGCUGCCGGGAACCCAAAUCGCAUUCACCCGCCAACUCUUCCCCGCAAAUGGACUUGCCAAGAUUCGCCCGUCCAAGGGGAGAGAAUGGAUCUUCGUCUUCUAGCCCUAAUCUCUACGUUGCAAACUGUGGACCCGCCGUCGGAAUCAGCCACCGGACAGUUGCGGCGGUUUUUGGCGAUUUUGGGGACGUGAAAGGGGUUCACGCAGCUGACGAGACCGGCACUCGCGUCAUUGUAUGCUUUUCCGAAGAAUCCAGCGCCCGAGCCGCUCUUGAGGCGCUACACGGCCGCCCUUGCCCUCUCCUCGGAGGCCGGACUUUGCACAUACGCUAUUCCAUCAUCAGGCCAUCCAUUUCGCAGCUUAACGAUUCUGUUUCAGUUUCUUUGUCGGCUUCGGAGUUGAACAUUCCUGGACUUUACCUAUUGCACGACUUCGUCACUGCUAAAGAAGAGGAGGAAUUGCUCUUGGAAGUUGAUGCUCGGCCUUGGAAUAAUCUGGCGAAACGUAGAGUUCAGCAUUAUGGAUAUGAAUUUUGCUAUCAAACGAGAAAUGUUAAUACUAAACAUCAGUUGGGCGGACUUCCAUCAUUUGUUUCCCAUGUAGUUGAUCGGAUCUCCAUGUUUCCAAACGCUGAGGAUGUUGCAGAUGCUGUUCUUGACCAAUUGACUGUUAAUGAAUACCCACCUGGGGUGGGUUUGUCUCCUCAUAUAGACACCCAUUCUGCAUUUGAAGGAUUAAUCUUCAGCCUUUCCUUAGCAGGGCCAUGCAUUAUGGAGUUUAGGAGGUAUACCGAAGGCACUUGGCACAAAUGCCCUUCAAGUAUAGAUUUGAAAAUGGAGAAUUCAGUAAACGACUCAAAUUAUCUGAGGAGAGCCAUUUACCUUCCACCUCGGUCUAUGCUCCUACUGUCUGGCGAGGCACGUUAUGCUUGGCAUCAUUACAUUCCUCACCACAAGAUUGACAUGGUGAAGGACAGUGCAAUCAGAAGGGGUCCUAGGAGGGUUUCUUUUACGUUUCGCAAGGUGAGAACUGAUCCUUGCCGGUGCAAAUUUCCUCAUUAUUGCGAUUCUCAUAGAUAAAUGGGAGAGGCCUCAAUACUCCAGGUGGAGUUUUCAUUUUUCCUCAUUGAUCCAUCUUUUUGCACUUGGUUCUGUAACGUAUACAUUUUUUUAGUACUAAGAGAGCGGAGGUUGAAAAAAGAAAUACAGUUCAAUUAUCGUUGAGCUAUGCUCACAUUAUCAUGUUUUACUUCGUUAUACUUAUAGUCAUACGAGAGAUUUUUAUACCCCUUUUCUCAUCUUUGUUGUUUAAA